AUGACUUCUACUAAAGAAGGAAGUGAUGCAGCUGAAAAUGCUUUAAAAAAUUCAGAAAAUGUGGCUCCAAAUGACUGUAGUACAGAUAUGGAACCUUCAUUUGCUGAUUCUAAUAUGUCUCAGGUGGAAAGCAACCCAACAGACAGGGAGCUUGACCCACCAACCUCUCAGGAGAAUGCUGUUCCUCACACAGCAGAAAACAAUGAGCCUGAAGUAGAGAAGACCCAAAAAGAUGCUCCAAAAGAAGAUUUAAAAGAAGAAGAGUCCCUUCUAAUUCAGAUCACUGUCCCUAGGAAACUGAUCUUUCACAAUCCCUUGGCUAAUAAAGCAAAAUUCUCAUCAUGAAAAGUGGAGAUGAAAACAAGUGAUAUCUGUCAUAGCACCAGAAAUCACAAUAUUCCUCUGCAACUGCCAAGUUUGAAAAGAAUCCGUUUCCUUAAGAGUGAUGAGAGACGGAGAAUGACUCUGCUGUGUGCGAGAUAUUUCUCACAGGCUGCAGGUCAUCAAAAUGCCUCAUAUGUAAAGCAAAAAUUUAUAGCAUUUCUUUCUCAUUCAAAUAUUGCCACCCAUGGGGAGAGAGCCAUAAUAUUUGCAAGAUCUUUAAGGCUGUAUAACUACUAUCCCCUCUGUGAGAGAAUGACAUCAGGAAAAUCUUGCAAAUCAGCUGAUACUGAAAGGAAGGAUAGAUUCCAGAUUAUUGUAAGGCCUGUGUUACGUAUCCCAUGGGUCCAAAAACAAGAUGCUCAUAAUAGCAAAGCUUUUGAAGAACAUUUGAGAUAUCACCAUAACAUGAGAGUUGUGAUCAUAAACACUGAUAUUGGUUGGAAAUACCUAUGUCCCAUCUGCAGGAAUAGCUUCAACAGUUUUGUUGAAUUCAGACAGCAUUCCUGCAACUCUCCUAAUAAUUAA